UGUUUGGUGACCACACGGAUAAACAAAAAGCUGAAUAAUAUUAUAUAUACAUAAGCUAAUAUGAUUAGAUAUAUUUGUCUUCUCGCCAUCGCUGGGUCUGCAAAGGCACAAAAUGACGAGUCGAGUCUGGACAGUAUAUUUAUGUCUUCAAAUAAUAAUAAAAAAUCAAUUGAGGACCUUAAAUGUUCGAAGAUAGAGCCGACGGAUGGAAGUGUGUGGCAGGGGUGCUACGACUGUUUCACCUGUGACCAUCCAAGGUUCCUUCAGCACUCGAAGGCUAAUUCGCAUACACGACGAUUAAUUGUGGACGACAACUGCGCACCGCUUGAAGUGUGUUGUGUUAACCAAAAUGAAGUUACUAGCUUAAGGGGUCUAGGGAAAUGCGGGAUUAGCAACCCUGAAGGUGAACCGAGAAGCGUCAGACCAACGUUGAGAAGUGUACUCCCCGGCCAAUACCCUUGGAGGGCCUGGCUUUAUGCCGAGGACACAAAAUUGUGUCCGGUGUCAUACAUACACUUCUACCCGGAGGUGCUCGUCACAACGGCCACCUGCUUGACACAUGUAACGAACAUGGAAGAUAAUUUGAGCGUUCGAUUCGAGCGAAAUCCCAGCAGAGAAGCGAACAUUGCCAGUUUUAAAAUACAUCCUAAUUUUGAUCAUGAAAAACACGACAUCGCACUUCUAAAGCUAGAGACACCUGUGAAUUUUUCUCGCCCUGUGUGUAGACCGGAAGGAAAACCGGAAGUGGGAACCACUUGUGUCGCUGUAACGCGUGAUGAUAUUACUAUAACAGCUGUUAUACCACCACAAAACCAGUGUAACAAUAUAGAGGGUACCAUGUGUGCAUUGGUGCCACGUCAUGAUUUUAUUCCUGAACCAGCCAGUGGACUAUUUUGUGCAGAUCAGAGUCAACAAGUCGAGAAAUAUUUCCUACACGGAAUAAUGUUGAGUAAUACCGAGAAUGUCAUAACAUAUACACAGAUAAGCGACUACGACAAGUGGAUCACUGAUGAAAUAAAUGUAUGGCGUAUUUAAGUUUUUCAGUUGGCAUAAAUAAAAGCCAUUAAAAAAAAAGUUUCAUUUUAAACAUUUCAAAAAAUUAUAAUAAAAUCCCGUUUAAUUCCAAAACAAACUAAAAUAAACAGUUUAGAUUUGU